ACUAAAGAGUACAGCUCAGCAGCGGAAACGCCACUUUUCUAUCCGAAGAAAACUGUGUCCUCCAGAAUUCGUCGGAGGUUUUCGUUUUCAUUUGUUGCGUUAAAGAGUGGUUUCCAUGGGCUCGAAACCGUGGCUACAUCCUGCUCCUCAGUAUAAAACCCUAGAAACCUUUUGGGAUGAGGAAGAGGAUGCUCCUGGUCCUAGAUGCGCUCAUACUCUUACGGCUGUUGCAGCUACCAAGACUCACGGUCCUCGCCUUAUCCUCUUUGGCGGCGCCACUGCUAUUGAGGGUGGCAGUUCUUCCGUUCCUGGGAUCAGGCUAGCUGGUGUUACCAAUUCGGUGCAUUCUUAUGAUGUUCUCACUAGGAAGUGGACAAGGCUUGUACCGGCUGGUGAGCCGCCGUCUCCUAGGGCUGCUCACGCCGCAGCUGCAGUUGGCACCAUGGUCGUUUUUCAGGGUGGCAUUGGCCCGGCCGGGCAUUCUACUGAUGAUCUUUAUGUUCUUGACAUGACUAAUGAUAAGUUCAAAUGGCACAGGGUGGUGGUUCAAGGGGAAGGUCCAGGCCCUCGUUAUGGCCAUGUUAUGGAUUUAGUUUCUCAGAGGUAUCUUGUUACAGUCACCGGAAAUGAUGGGAAACGAGCACUUUCUGACGCUUGGGCGCUGGAUACAGCUCAGAAACCAUAUGUAUGGCAGAGAUUGAACCCAGACGGCGACCGACCAAGUGCUAGAAUGUAUGCUACUGGCAGUGCUCGUUCGGAUGGCAUGUUUUUGCUCUGCGGUGGAAGAGACACCGUGGGGGCGCCAUUGGGAGAUGCUUAUGGGCUACUAAUGCAUAGAAAUGGUCAGUGGGAAUGGACUCUGGCUCCAGGUGUAGCUCCUUCUCCAAGAUAUCAGCAUGCAGCGGUUUUUGUAGGAGCAAGAUUACAUGUCAGUGGAGGUGUUCUGAGAGGAGGCCGUGUGAUAGACGCUGAAGCAUCUGUUGCAGUGCUUGAUACUGCUGCUGGUGUAUGGUUGGAUAGAAAUGGGCAAGUUACUUCUGCACGGGGCAACAAGGGACAAAUCGAUCAAGAUCCAUCUUUUGAACUCAUGCGACGUUGUCGCCAUGGUGCCGCAUCAGUUGGCAUCCGUAUUUAUGUGCAUGGUGGUCUUAGAGGAGAUGUGUUACUUGACGAUUUUCUAGUCGCUGAAAAUUCAACAUUUCAGUCAGAUAUCAGUUCUCCUUUGCUAGCAUCGGAUAGAACCCAACAAAGCUCCACUCCUAGGUUUUCUUAUGCUGCACGACCUCCUUCCGGUGCUGAACCAGCCAUCCCCAUGUCUGAAGGACUGAGCUUGGACGAAAAUUCGUUGGAGAAAUUAACAGAGGCUUCCGCAGCUGAAGCAGAGGUUGCUAGUUCUGUUUGGCGAGCAGCACAGCUAGGAUCUGGUACUCUGGAUGAAGAACCCUCUACCUCUGAUGCCAACUCGCCAGCUGUAGAAUCUACUACCGAUGGUACUGAAACUGAAGGAGAUGUCAGGCUUCAUCCAAGAGCUGUUGUGGUAGCAAAAGAGACGGUUGGCAGCCUGGGUGGCAUGGUAAGACAGUUAAGCUUGGAUCAGUUUCAGAAUGAGAGCCGGCGGAUGGUUCCCAUGAAUAAUAGUGAUGUGCUACAACCCACCAAGAAGUUCACUAGACAGAAGUCUCCGCAAGGCCUACAUAAAAAGGUCAUUUCUGCUUUGUUGAGACCUCGAAACUGGAAACCUCCUGGCAACAGGAAGUUUUUCCUGGAUUCUUACGAGGUUGGGGAACUCUGUUAUGCUGCUGAACAAAUAUUUAUGCAUGAACAAACGGUUCUUCAGCUAAAAGCUCCUAUUAAAGUCUUUGGAGAUCUCCAUGGACAAUUUGGCGAUUUAAUGCGGUUGUUUGAUGAGUAUGGAUAUCCCUCAACAGCUGGAGAUAUCACGUAUAUUGACUAUUUAUUUUUGGGAGAUUACGUUGACCGAGGACAACACAGCCUGGAAACUAUAACUUUGCUCCUUGCAUUGAAGAUUGAAUAUCCGGAGAAUGUUCACUUGAUUCGAGGAAACCACGAGGCUGCUGACAUUAAUGCACUAUUUGGUUUCCGUCUAGAAUGCAUAGAAAGAAUGGGAGAGAAUGAUGGCAUCUGGGCAUGGACAAGAUUUAAUCAACUUUUCAAUUAUCUUCCUCUCGCUGCACUUAUUGAGAAUAAAAUUAUUUGUAUGCAUGGUGGAAUUGGGAGGUCAAUCAGUUCAGUGGAACAGAUCGAGAAAAUUGAAAGGCCCAUAACGAUGGACGCUGGAUCCCUUGUUCUAAUGGAUUUACUAUGGUCUGAUCCUACAGAGAACGAUAGUAUAGAGGGUUUAAGACCGAACGCCAGAGGACCUGGUCUAGUCACAUUUGGGCCAGAUAGAGUAACAGAAUUCUGUAAGAAGAAUAAACUACAGCUAAUUAUUAGGGCCCAUGAAUGUGUAAUGGAUGGAUUUGAAAGAUUUGCACAGGGACAAUUGAUUACGCUUUUCUCCGCCACAAAUUACUGCGGAACUGCGAACAAUGCGGGAGCUAUAUUGGUGGUUGGCAGAGGAUUGGUGAUUGUUCCUAAGUUAAUUCAUCCUCUUCCACCUCCCAUCUUAUCUCCAGAGAAUUCUCCAGAACAUUCUGGAGACGAUGCUUGGAUGCAGGAGCUGAAUAUCCAGAGACCGCCGACUCCAACACGAGGCAGGCCACAACCAGAUUUUGACAGAAGCUCGCUUGCAUACAUCUGAAUCUGAUUGUGUUCCCGGUUUCUGCUUGCAAGUCAUGAAAGUAACAAUCAUUGGAUUUUGGUACAACUCUAUACAAGUAUAGCAAGAUUUUAUAUUUCAGAAUUUGCAGUGUUCAUAUACUCUGCCGCACAUGUGUAAUAUAUAACUAACUAUACCAUUACCACCAGAGAAUCAGAAUGGUAUAGUACUAUUUAUUUUUCUUCCCUCU